CCCCCCACCUCGUCUUCAGACGUCCCCUUCUCAUCCCCCUCAGCCCCGGCCGCUGACGGGAGGAGGCGGCGGCGGCGGCGGGGGGCUGAGGGGCGCCGCCAUGCCUCUCCCGCGGUGAAGCGUCCCUGCCGUGAGGAGCCGCUCGGUCUCCCCGGUGAUGUCCCCCAGGCGGCAGGCGAUAGCGACUCACUCGAGCCCUGGGCAGCGAUGGCAGAGGAACAACAACAGCCGCCACCACAGCAGCCUGAUGCCCAUCAGCAGCUUCCCCCCAGCGCCCCCAACUCGGGGGUGGCUCUGCCAGCCCUUGUGCCUGGGCUGCCAGGGACAGAGGCCAGCGCGCUGCAACACAAGAUCAAGAACUCCAUCUGCAAAACUGUACAAUCUAAAGUGGACUGCAUUUUGAAAGAAGUUGAGAAUUUUACAGACCUAGAGAAACUCUACCUCUACCUUCAGCUGCCUUCUGGUCUCAGCAAUGGAGAGAAAAGUGAUCAGAAUGCCGUGUCAUCUAGUCGGGCACAGCAAAUGCACGCCUUUUCCUGGAUUCGGAAUACCCUAGAAGAACAUCCUGAGACUUCAUUGCCCAAACAGGAAGUCUAUGAUGAGUACAAGAGCUAUUGUGACAAUCUGGGUUACCAUCCUUUAAGUGCUGCUGAUUUUGGAAAGAUCAUGAAAAAUGUCUUUCCAAACAUGAAGGCACGUCGUCUGGGCACAAGAGGCAAAUCUAAAUAUUGCUACAGUGGACUAAGGAAAAAAGCCUUUGUUCAUAUGCCAACACUGCCCAAUCUUGAUUUUCACAAAACUGGAGAUGGGUUGGAAGGAGCUGAACCUUCUGGGCAGCUUCAAAAUAUUGAUGAGGAAGUUAUCUCUUCUGCUUGCCGUCUUGUGUGUGAAUGGGCCCAGAAAGUGUUAAGCCAGCCAUUUGACACAGUCUUGGAAUUAGCCCGCUUCCUUGUAAAAAGUCAUUAUAUAGGCGCCAAGUCCGUGGCAGCUCUGACGGUAAUGGCAGCAGCACCACCACCAGGAAUCAAAGGAAUUACCCAGCCGUCUGCUUUUAUACCUACAGCUGAGAGUAAUUCUUUUCAGCCUCAGGUGAAGACUUUGCCUUCUCCUAUUGAUGCUAAACAGCAAUUGCAGCGGAAAAUUCAAAAGAAGCAGCAAGAACAAAAACUACAGUCCCCUUUGCCUGGAGAAUCCUCAGCAAAAAAAACAGAAGGCGCUACAGCCAACGGAGUGACUAAUCUUUCUAAUGGAAAUCCUGCAAUCCUCUCUCCUCAGCCUAUUGGUAUCGUUGUGGCAGCUGUCCCUAGCCCCAUUCCGGUCCAGCGGACCAGGCAAUUGGUAACUUCACCAAGCCCAAUGAGCUCUUCUGACGGCAAAGUUCUUCCCCUCAAUGUACAAGUGGUCACUCAGCACAUGCAGUCUGUGAAACAGGCACCAAAGACUCCUCAGAAUGUCCCAGCCAGUCCUGGUGGGGAUCGUUCUGCCCGGCACCGCUACCCUCAGAUCUUACCCAAGCCGGCCAACACCAGUGCACUCACCAUUCGCUCCCCGACUACUGUGCUCUUUACUAGCAGUCCCAUCAAAACCGCUGUUGUGCCCACUUCACACGUGAGUUCUCUAAAUGUGGUGAAAAUGACAGCAAUAUCCCUCACGCCCAGCAACGGUAGUGCCCCUCUUAAACAUUCUGCCUCAGUAAACAGUGCUACAGGAACAACAGAAGAAUCAAGGACCAUUCCACAGAUCAAGAAUGGUUCUGUCGUUUCACUUCAGUCUUCUGGCUCCAAGACCAGCAAUACUGGGGGAACGUCUGCUGUGGAAGUCAAAAUGGAGCCUGAAGCAUCCUCAGAUGAGCAUCCUGCACAGUGCCAAGAGAACUCUGAUGGGACUAAGGCUCCCAAAACAACCUCUAGUACCCUUUCGGGGCAGAAAAGUAAUACAGAUGGAGUAGUGCAAAAACCUUCAAAUGAAGGUGUCACUGACGUAAAAGCAUCUAAGGUCUGUGACCAGAGGACCAAAUGUAAAAGUCGCUGUAAUGAAAUUCCGCCAGGCACUUCAACAGGCAAUAAUCAAAGCACUGUCACUCUCUCAGUUGCCACUCAGAACUUAACUUUCACCAGCACCAGCUCACCAGCUAAUGGUGAGUCAAUAAAUAAAGACCCUAAAUUAUGCACUAAAAGUCCAAGAAAGCGACUGCCGUCUGCAUUGCAAGAGUCCCAGGUGCCUCCCAUAAAGAAACCAAUUGUGGAACAGCUUUCUGCAGUUACCAUAGAAGGUCAGAAACCAGGCAGUGUUGAGAAGGACCAAAAGGUUCCACAUUCAGGGAAAAUAGAAAGUUCAACAGCCGGUGCUCAGAUUCCUAGCAAGGUAUCAAUAAAUGUCAAUUCACACAUAGUAGCAAAUCGACCCUUGGAUUCUGCUCUCAUUGGCAGUGAUUCAGCUUCAGAACAGCAAACACCAUCUUCAUCUCCAGAUAUCAAAGUUAAACUUGAAGGGAAUGUCUUUCUUUUGGACAGUGAUUCAAAACCAGAUGGCAGUUUUAAUUCAAACGAAUGGCAGCAAGUCAGUAAGGAUUCUGAGUUUAUAUCUGCUGGCUGUGAACAGCAGCAAGAUAUCAGUGUUAUGACAAUUCCUGAGCACUCUGAUAUCAAUGACUUAGAGAAAUCUGUUUGGGAAUUAGAAGGAAUGCCACAGGACACAUAUACCCAGCAGCUGCAUAGCCAGAUACAAGAAUCUUCUUUGAAUCAAAUACAAGCACAGUCUUCAGAUCAGUUACCUCUACAGUCUGAGCUGAAAGAGUUUGAGCCUUCUGUUUCCCAGACAAAUGAAAGCUACUUUCCUUUUGAUGAUGAGCUUACACAAGAUAGUAUUGUGGAAGAGCUGGUGCUUAUGGAGCAGCAAAUAUCAAUGAACAAUUCUCAUUCUUAUGGUAACUGUUUGGGAAUGACCCUUCAGAGUCAGUCAGUAACUCCAGGAGCUCCGAUGUCAUCUCAUGCCUCCAGUACCCACUUCUACCAUCCAAUCCAUAGCAAUGGCACUCCAAUCCACACCCCCACACCCACUCCUACCCCAACUCCCACCCCCACCCCCACCCCCACCCCAACAUCUGAAAUGAUUGCUGGGUCUCAGAGUCUGUCCCGGGAGAGCCCUUGCUCCAGGCUAGCCCAGACCACACCUGUGGAUAGUGCUUUAGGAAGUAGCCGACACACACCCAUUGGUACUCCACAUUCUAACUGCAGCAGUAGUGUCCCUCCCAGCCCUGUUGAAUGCAGGAAUCCAUUUGCAUUUACCCCAAUAAGCUCCAGUAUGGCGUAUCAUGAUGCCAGCAUUAUCUCAAGUAGUCCUGUGAAACCAAUGCAAAGACCCAUGGCCACACACCCUGACAAAACCAAGCUUGAAUGGAUGAAUAAUGGGUAUAGUGGGGUUAGUAAUUCAUCAGUUUCUGGCCAUGGCAUUCUCCCAAGCUAUCAGGAACUUGUGGAAGACCGUUUCAGGAAACCUCACGCUUUUGCUGUGCCUGGACAGUCUUACCAGUCUCAAUCCAGACAUCAUGACACUCAUUUUGGUCGUUUGACUCCUGUCUCUCCUGUGCAGCAUCAAGGUGCCACUGUAAGUAACACCAACAAACAGGAGGGUUUUGCAGUCCCUGCCCCUCUUGAUAAUAAAGGAACUAAUUCAUCUGCCAGUAGCAACUUCAGAUGCCGGAGUGUGAGCCCUGCUGUUCAUCGCCAACGUAAUCUUAGUGGAAGCACCCUGUAUCCAGUAUCUAAUAUCCCCCGAACUAAUGUGACCCCCUUUGGAAGUCCAGUAACCCCAGAAGUUCAUGUUUUCACAAAUGUUCACACAGAUGCAUGUGCCAACAACAUAGCUCAAAGAAGUCAAUCUGUUCCAUUGACGGUCAUGAUGCAGACAGCCUUCCCGAAUGCUCUUCAGAAGCAAACAAACAGUAAAAAAAUAACCAGUGUUUUGUUGAGUAAACUUGAUUCUGACAAUGAUGAUGCAGUGAGAGGUUUGGGCAUGAACAACCUGCCCUCCAAUUACACAGCCCGGAUGAAUCUCACUCAGAUUUUGGAAACUUCCACUGUUUUUCCUAGUGCCAAUCCGCAGAAUAUGAUCGAUUCCAGCACUUCUGUUUAUGAAUUCCAAACACCAUCUUACCUCACUAAAAGUAAUAGCACCGAUCAGAUCAGUUUUUCUCCUGGAGAUAAUCAAGCACAAUCAGAAAUCGGAGAGCAACAAUUAGAUUUCAAUAGCACUGUUAAAGACCUGUUGAGUGGGGACAGCUUGCAAUCCAACCAGCAGCUGGUAGGUCAGGUAGCAUCUGAUCUCACUAAUACUGCGUCUGAUUUCUCUAGUGACAUCAGGUUGUCUUCUGAGCUCUCAGGCAGCAUCAAUGAUUUGAACACUUUAGACCCAAACCUACUGUUUGAUCCAGGGCGUCAGCAGGGACAAGAUGAUGAAGCUACACUGGAAGAAUUAAAGAAUGACCCAUUAUUUCAACAAAUUUGCAGUGAAUCCAUGAGCUCUAUGACUUCAUCAGGUUUUGAGUGGAUAGAAAGCAAGGAGCAUCCUACUGUUGAAAUGUUGGGUUAAAUGGUGUUUUAUAAUAUGUAGCACACUGUAUCUAAAGACAUAUGUAUUGUAUUUGUCUUAAUGGAAGUGCCUCCCGCAGCAGAAACACUUACUAUUAAUUGUGACAUUUUAAAAGAGUUUGCUGCAGACGUGGUUUCUUCUUCAGUAGGAAAUGGUUAGACUUGCCUCAGUUAUUAACAAGUUUCUGAAGACAGUAGGCUGUAGGAGAACAAGUAUUAGGUUUUAAAUGUUAUAAUGUUCCCCCGUUUAAUCACAUUAUUUGCUAGUAAGCAAUUGACUAGCUUUUACAAGAGCAGUCUAGAUCUUUAUUUUGCGUAAGUUCAUUUUAAUUCAUCAGUUGAUCUGCACAGAAUUUAGAGGAAACCAUUGAUUUUAGGUAUAGGCUAUUUUUUGUUGUUGGCAUUAUCUUUUAGGUAUGAAAUCAUAGCUAAGGUAAACUGUAGAAAAGAAGGUCUUCCUUGAAACAGGGAUAAUAUUCAGGUUAUUAUUGGUAUUUAGGCUUGAAGCAUAGAGCUACUGUAGAAUGAAAAAAUCUCUGUAGGACUUUCUGGGACUUCAGUACCAUUUGCACCUACAUUUUGAAGGGCUUAAAUAGGAGAAAAUAAUGGAAAAUUAAAUGUUAAUUUAAGGAAAGCAAAAGCUGAAUUAAAGUUUUUAAAAGGAAAAACUAGUAGCCAUUUAUAUUUGUGACCUUGCAUUAGUCUUAUUUUAAAAAUUUAAUUUUAAUAUGGAGCCAGCACACACACAGAGACCUGCACACACACACACACACACACACACACACACAAGAACGCCAAACACUGUAACUUACUAAAAUAAGUACAAGCAUGUUAGAAAAAUAUUUUAUAUUUUAUUAUUUGGAAAUUGAGAUAGGGGAAUUGAGAAGGAAUAAAAGCAUUCUUAUUUUCAUCACAGCGGCUACCAGCGCAUAUUAAAAUUCUAUUUAAGAUUUAACUAGAAGUUUUUUAAGUCCUCAAUUUAGUGACUGACUCCUUCACUCCUGAUUAUAAUAACACAUGUUUAUCAUGGGAUCCAAGCAAACAGGAAGGAGAUGACAUAAAAAAAAAAAAAAACAUUUCGCCACCUAAGGUCUGAAGCCACAAAUCUUUAUGUCUCCGAUAAAGGGGACAUCAAUAGUACUUGAAGAAGAGGAGCAUUUUAUUACAUGCUUAAUUUAUUUAUUGUGAGAACCACAAUUGCAAAAGAAGCACUCAGGAUUUGUUUUAAAAUGUUUCUCUGUUUGGCUCCCAUUUUGUUUUAUGAAGAAUUAUUUAUGAACUUCUUGUUGACACAAAUCUGCUCACUAGUUGUCAGCUCCAUUUAAGUGAAUUUAGGAUUUCUUUCAAAUAGAUUUAAAAAUCGCCAUUAACUUUUUAAAGAUAACAUUAAACCAUUGCUAUGCUACCUUGAGCCUAGCUAAGUUUUCCUUUACCUUAAUUAGUAAGCCAAUCAGAAGAGUACAAUCAAUGAAUAUUUAACAAAUGUGAUGAAGGGUUUAAUUUAAUAAGGUUUCAUCCAAUAAAUUUGCAAGGUAGGGUAUUAACAUAUUUUGAUAAAUAAACGGUGCUAGGGUUGGCUCAGAGGUUUAUAUAUUGAUAUGUCCUAGUUAUUGGCAUUUGUGUGUGUUUGCUGUUAUCUGAUUUAAUGAUCUGUUAAAUAUUUUUUCUUGAUGCUAGUUAUUUCUUCACUGUACAUUGAGACACAGCACUACUGCACACCAAAGUAUGCAAUACCCAAAGGAAACUGUGCGAUUUCUUUUAACAAAUGAUGGGAGCCUUUCUAUAUGAGAUACUCUGAAAAGGAGAUUUUGAGGCCAUUCUAAUCCCUUGUUUACAUUAUUAGCUUCCUACUAAUAUAAAAAUAAUGGAAAUCUUUUUUUUAUAAAAAUAUAAA